AUGGCAUCAUCCGCAGCGUCCGGGUCGCGGGCGUCGAUCCAGCCGCUGUCGUCGGAGCAGCAAGAAGCGGUGAUCAAGUCGCGCAUGCAGGUGGACGAGCGCACGCUGCGCCGGGUGGUCAAGAAGCUCACUCUCCUCCUCUCCAGCACGGAUUCCGAAGUGGUCGCCGCAUCACGGCUGUCGUUUCAGUCGGAGCUGGAGGCGUUUCGGCUGCAGCUUGCGCGGCUCUCGUCGAUAGCGCGCAACACGAGCGAGGUGGAGAUCAGCUCGUACACGCACGAGCUGAGCGAGAUCGAGGCGGAGCAAGAGGCGACGCAGGCACGCAUCCACGCGCUCAAGCGGCGGCUGGACGAGGUGCGCCGCGAGCGCAAGAACAAGCUCGAGUACGACGUGGUGGCGGGCGAGAUCGUCAAGCUGCCCACGCGUGCCGAGCUGGACGAGUCGCUGGCGCGGCUGCGCGAGCAGCUGGAUCAGGUGCGCACCGAGCGCGAAAAGUACAGUCACAUGUCGCAAGACGCUGCGCAACGCAUGCGUGGCGUCAUUGAUGGUCUCGAGGCGCUGCGCAACGACGUCGGAUACGAGGUGGGCGAGCGCGAGCGGCGCGAGGUGGAGCGUGCGGAUGGCGACGCAGACGGUGAAGCUGGCGAAGCCGGUGCAGCGGGAGACGAAGGAUCCGAACUGGGACGCGGCAAGCGUGCAGGCAAGGCGGGAGACGAGCCAGAGGAGGGCGAGGACGACGAGCGGGAAGAGGGCGAGCAGAGUGCCGCGGUCAGCCGGAGCGGGUCGUCGACGCCACGCAGGACGUUGGGCGACGACGAGGCACGGCCGGCAGCUGGGAGUGCAGCCACGAUGAAUGCGUCUGCUCCUGCCUUCCGCCCCGGCGGCGCGGGGACAGGCAGCAAACGCGACUCGACCGCCGUUGCGGGCUCGGACGAGGAGGGCGAGCUGGACGACGGCUCGAGUGCAGGAGCCACAGCCGCAGCGGCAGCAUCGAACAGCAACACACCGCGCAAGCGGCAGCGCACCGAGGAAGGCGAGGUGGGCACAGCUGGCGACAGCGAGGAAGAGGAAGGAAGCAUCCGACCCGCGGCAGCGGCGGCGGAACCCUCGCGUCCAGCCCGUGCGGGCACCAAGCGUCGUCGAUAG